GUUGGCUUAUUAGCGUGUUUGCGUUCACCGUAACAAUUAAAAAACAAUAUUUAAAUAAUAAAUCGGCUCAGCGAAAGCGAAAAUUAAUUAGCUCGAAGAGGAAACAUAAUGGGUGGAUUGUGCAAAUUAAAUUGUUUAACGAUAUCGUAAAAAGUUUGUUAAAAAAGGCAUCUCGAUUUUAUGACACGUUCGCGGAAAUUACAACAAACUCAUCCGAAUACAUUAAUUAGCUUACUUUCUAAUAAUGCAUCGUGUUUAUUUUCGAAAUUCCUCGUUUUUCGACAAUAUUUUCCGUGCUUGUUUAUGUAAUUACAAUCGCCGAAAAUAUUCCUUUUCGGUGCAAUGUCGCGCAUCGCUCGGCAUGCAUCAAUAAAAUCCCGCAUUUCGGAAUAUCUGUCGAAAAAAAUGGCGAGGAGGAAUUUGUACUACAGGAACAGCUGGAGUCCAUUAUCACCGGAAUUUUCCAAAUCGCUGGACGACGAUGAAGAUGAAGAAGACGAAACGAGACGAUUGGAUCCUUUAAAAGAAGAUGUAGCAGAUUGGUUGAAUUCCACAUUAGGAGUGGAUUUUAUUAAUAAGGAUAAUUUUCUGGAGGAGCUGGAUAACGGAGUGGUACUAUGCCACUUGGCGCAAAUCAUCGGGGAAUCGGUGAAAAACGCCAUCAACAAGGGCAUUGCAAAAGGGUCUGUGCCGAUCAUAAGAGGUAAAUGUUUCGAGAAAGCGGCUAGAGGAAGCUUCUAUUCCAGGGACAAUAUGGAGAAUUUCAUCAAAUUCUGCAGAUCCGUGGGCGUACACGAGAACUUGCUGUUUGAAAGCGAUGAUUUAGUGUUGCACAACCAGCCGAGAAACGUGCUUCUGUGCUUGCUGGAACUAGCCAGAAUAGCCCAUAAAUUCGGAAUAGAACCACCGGGGUUGAUCAAACUCGAAAAAGAAAUCGACAAAGAAGAACGGGAUUCGGACGAAGCCCGGUUCCCAUCGUUGCUCUCUUGGCAAUUCUCCAAAAAGCACAAUUCGAAUUACACCAGCAUGAAGCAGAGCGCUUCCUCGCCCGCCAUAUCUUCAAUAUUAAAAUGGAGCCCACACAGCGUGAUAUUAGUAGAAGAGCCCACCAUUAUCCAAGUAUCGAACACCAGCGGUGCCAGCGACGGAGUACCCAGCGACCAUACUGAAGAUGAAGAUUGGUCCAGAGGUAGCGUUGAAGACACCGAUUUCGACGUGACACCACCCACGAGGUUAUCAUCGAGCGGUAGCGAAUCGUCGAGUCACAAAUCCCCGACGCCCACCAACGAAUUGGACAGGAAAGUGGAAUUGGCCGCGAGGUUGAUGCAGAAGAAUUGCAAUUGCUCGAGCGGUCGCUGCCAGAAAUUGAACAUCAGGAAAGUGGGCGAAGGGAAAUACAACAUAGCCGGGAAAAACGUGUUCGUUAGACUGCUCAAAGGUCGCCACAUGAUGGUGAGAGUCGGAGGUGGCUGGGACACCUUGGACCAUUUCCUCCUCCGCCACGAUCCGUGCAAAGUGAAGGUGAUGUCCCGCCAAACGCCUCACAGGCUCAACAACGCCUCAAAUUUCCUGCACAUCCGCGCCAAGUACCGGAGUCCUCCGACGAAGGAGUCCGUGACUCGUUGAGGGCUUCAGCUCGAGUACCGCAAUCGAUUGCGAAUGAACGAUUUUCCAUUAUUGCCAACUGCUUUUGGGAAAUUGAAAAUUAAAUAGGGAUCGUCGCCGAUAGAUUGCGGUACUUGAAGAAGUUUGUUGGUUUAAGUAGUUAGCUUGUAAUGCGUAUAUUGUUAGUAAAUUUGAAUUAAAAACGACUGUAUUUUUUAGAUAAUUUUUAAUCGAGCAGAUAAGAAACUUGAUUUGGAAUAUUUGUUGAAAGUUCGUUGACUAAUAGUGUCGAUUCUUAUUAAGAAAAUUUGUACAUUACGAGUAUUGUCAAAUUUAUUAACUGUAUACGAAUGUAAUUAUUAUGGAAAAACUUGCCAUUAAUUAUUUAUAGAGUUUGUAUUUAAUUUAUUUAGGAUUAGUUUGUUCUAACCGAAAAAGCGUACUAGAUUAUUGCGUUAUUUUGCAAUUUAUAUUUAAGAAAUUGUAGUAAUUUGCCUAUUAGUUGUUCGAGUAAAACAUCGCAUUAGGCAACAUUUUCGUGAAUUGUACAUUGAUGGAAUAAAAUGGGUUGACUAGAUUCAACUUUCAUUAUUAUUCAGAAAUUUCGACAUCGGUAAAAUCCAUUCGGGAUUAUGUUGAUUAUUUACUGCAUGAAUGUUUCUUUGAUAAAAGAAUCCAUUUAUUUAUUCAUUCCAUUCGUAAUCUAUUAAUUCACAUUGAUAUUUGUAACAACGCCAUAGCAUUAUUUUAUAUUGUAAAUUAUUUACUAUUAAUAUACAGCGUGUCCCUAGAUAAUCCGCGGGAAAUAUUAUAAUAUUAAUAAUUCACCUGUGAUUUAGUAAUCCAAACUAUUUAAUAUUUAAAUCUAGCGAAUUAGGUACUUGUAUAUACUAUUUUGUCUACUGCACACACAUCACGUUUCCUAUGGAACAACCUAAUUUUCCUAUUUUGUAAAAUAUUUAUGCAUUGUCAUGUAUAAUCUCUAUGAUUAGAUUAUUAACAUUGGUAAUUGCAAGUUCAAAUUAGAAAUGUAUCUAUUACAAAUAAAU